AUGUUCCGCAACCGCAAAAACACCCGGAAGAAGCCUGAUGGCGACUUCAUCAGUCGCUUCCAACAAGCCUUCUCCGACAUUGUUCCUCGCAGGGACAGCGAGGAAUCCUCGAAGUCCCAACUAAAUGUUGACGAAAAUGGCGAUACUAUGAUGGCUUCAAGGAGCAUAGAACACGAUAUCAAAUUUCCCACCCACGACCGCACUCCUCGGAAUAUGCAAGAACUAGGUUUGACCCCGUCAUGGAUGGAGCCCGGUUCUUUUUCCAUGAUGCCGUACGGCGAUCACUCUGGUCUCUACACACCAAACUCUGGUGGACUGGGUGCUGUCUACCACAACCAGGCUGGAGAUUUGCAUACACCAAUAGGAAUGCAUAUGAUGAAUCCGCUCUCCCUCGUCAAUCCCCUACAUGACUCCCACCAUCAUCGUAACAAUGGCUCUGAACCCUUCAACCCACACUUCCUUGCUAGCAUGCCAGAAAUCAAACCAUAUGCACAGCAGGCGUCAUACGCCCCAAGCGCAUUUAUGCACCGCAAUUCACACUACAAUGCUAUGGAUGAAGCAGUUGAUGAUUCCUCUGUCAUUGAUAUGAACAUGGAUUCAGCAUCUAAUGUAACGGCCUCUACAGAUUUUUCAGCCCCAGCAAUUCAAAAUGACGAUACAUCUUACGCCAAGGGCGAACAGUAUGUCAAACGCCCCGUGCGCCUUUUUUCCAAAGCUAACCCCUUGUUCAUGUCUGGAUUCCGUUUUAAUGUCUCCCUCCGAGCACCAACCGCAAUGGUUAAGAAUUUGAGAGAAAUUCCAGUCACCUAUCUUAAUAAAGGACAAGUAUACAAUCUAUCCGUCACGGACUCGAAUCUACCCACUGGCAGCUCUCGUUCCAUUCGAUACAGAACCUAUGUUCGCAUUUCUUUUGAGGAGCAAGAGCAAAGGGCGAGACCCUCAGCGUGUUGGCAGUUGUGGAAGGAAGGCCGAGGUUCCAGCGAAGCUCACCAUCGUGGCGGAAAGUUGUUGGCUGUCGAAUAUGUGGAUCCUCUCCAAGGCGGCGGCGAUUCCCGCAAGCACCGUCAGGUACAAGUUGAGAAAUUAUCAGUCGAUGGGUUUUGCGUCACAUGGACCGCCAACCAAAUGGCUGGCUCCCCGGAUUGCAACAUUCCCGUGCGGUUCAACUUCCUCUCUACCGAUUUUAGUCACUCCAAGGGCGUCAAAGGCAUUCCUAUCCGACUCUGCGCGAAGACUGAGAUUGUUUCUCCGGAUGAAGCAUCUGGUGCAACACGCGUCGUGGAGCUAUCUUAUUGCAAGGUGAAGCUUUUCCGGGACCAUGGCGCUGAGCGCAAAAUGUCCAAUGACAUUGCCCACGUGAAGAAGACUAUCGACAAACUUAAGCAGCAGAUUUCACAGGCCGAAAUGGGUGGUGGUUUUGCUCAACGGAAGCGCGGUAACAUCACAACUGCAACUUCAAAAGGAAAUGACCGUUCUAAGCGCAAACGUACCUGGUCGCAGAGCUCAAACAACUCAAAGAAACUAUGUCUGGAAGAUGAUCUCCAAUCAAAAUUGAGCGUCAUGCAAGAUAUGUUCUUAUCAACUCGUUCAGUGAGCCUGCUAGGUUUGCGCGGCGACCAACAAGAUGACCCUGACCUAUACCCGAUUCGAUUGCCAGGUGAUGGGGACUCCGUCAAAUUUGAGACUGUCAGCCGGCCUGGCACUGGUGAUUUCUCGUCCACGGAAGCCUCAAUGCCUUCACCAGAAAGCAGCAACCCUUCCGAAAAUUCACCGCACCACUACUUGCGUCCGAUGACGAUCAGAAAGAACCCAUCUACUGAUCAGAUCCCUAGGGGCUUCCUCGAGGCUGUGGGUAUCGACUCAACAUACCGACCUCCGUUGGAGCGCCCGCCCAAGCCAAUUGCCUGCUUCUAUGUUUGUUUCUCUGGAAACGGGGAGAACCAGCAGGACUUUUAUCGCGCUAUCUAUCUGACUGAACGUACUGUCCGUGACUUUAUGCAGCAGAUCUCUAGCAAGCAACAGAUCGAUCCGGUGCGCAUUGUCAGCAUAAAGCACGUCACCGAAAAUGGAAUGCACAUCAUGGUGGAUGAUGAUGUGGUUCGUGAGCUUCCUGAGGGGCAAGAUAUGCUCGUGGACAUCUCAACAAUUUCGGGUUCCCUCGAUGCGCCCGAGUCUCCAAUUGAGAUCAAAUUGACCUUCUAA